AUGGACGCUCUCGGACGAGUUGGCAAGGAGGACGACGCGAUUCCCGUCUCCGAGUACAGGACCGUGGGUUUGCCGUCGAACGUCGACAUUGCGUAUAUUGAAGCCGGCAAGAUUGAGGCGGGCAACACGAACAAGCACACCGUCGUGCUCCUGCACGACUUCCCCUCGUCGUCUGCUCAGUUCAAGACGCUGAUUCCCCGCCUUGCGACGCGGUACCACGUCCUUGCGCCCGACCUCCCGAACUUUGGCUUCACGAGCGUGCCGGUGAGCUACAAGCCCAGCUUUGAGAGCAUGGCCAAGGCGAUCGCCGAGUUCCUCAAGGUGAUGGGGGUGGACAAGGCGGCCUUCUACGGCGUGGGCUACGGCGCCGACGUCGUGUUCCGCAUCGCCCUCCAGACGCCGGACGUCAUCAAGGCGCUCGUUGUGCAGAACGGAAACGCGUACGAGAAGGGUCUCGGCGACGCUUGGAAGCCCUUCGAGCGCUGGUGGCAGGGCGAGGGCGCCGCGCGCGACGAGCUCUACCAGACCCUCGGCGACCCCUCUUGGACCAAGCACAGGUGGUACGUCGGCGUCCCCGACUCGGACGUCCACAAGAUCGACCCCAUGCAGUACACCGAGGCGUACCGCGGCACGCUGCGCGACGACAACAAGCGCGACACCCAGUUCACCCUCCUCUGGGACUACCAGGAGAACGUCAAGCUGUACCCCAAGAUUCAGGAGUGGCUCAAGAAGAACACGCCCCUCCUCGUGCUCUGGGGCCGCGGAGACGACGUCUACUCCACCGCCGCUCCCGAGGGCUUCAAGAAGGACUCGCAGUACGCCAAGAUCGUCAUGAUGGACGGCGGCCACUUCCUGACCGAGACCAAGGUCCCGAUCAUCGCCAAGGAGGUCCGCGACUUCCUCGAGGGCGUCGACUGGUAG